AUGAACCCCUCAAACCGGAAAUCCCUGGACGAGUUCCAGAGAUGGCUAUAUACUCCGCACAAGGAUCCUGACAUUUGGCUAUUUUCCAACGAGGGCGCACCGUUCGCGAAUGCUUACGAACAGUUGUGCCUCUUAACUAAGCCACCGUUAUGUUAUUCAGAGUUUGCUACCUUUUAUGCUCAACUUGGUCUCUUGUUGAAGGCUGCGGAGUACAACAGGUAUCAAGAAAAUAGCGACCUGCGGAUCAAAGAACUCUACAUAGCACAGUUUCCGCUGGAGGAUCUCCCGCUGUUCCUUAAAAAGGAUCUAAUCACGCCGGAAAUCGUCAAGCGCGCUGGUAAAGGAGACAUAUAUAACACGAGCAUCUGGCUGGGUCUUGAGCCGACGUUCACACCUUUACAUCGCGACCCGAACCCAAAUUUGUUCGUGCAAAUGGCCAGCACCAAGAGAGUCAGACUAUUGCCCCCAGCACGAGGCAAGGAUCUAUACACGCGGGUUCGUAACGAGAUUGGAGGCGGCGGCAAUCCCAACAUCAGAGGAGAAGAGAUGAUGUCUGGUAACGAACGAGACGCGUUGCACAAAGCAGUUUGGGGCCCCCAAGCACCGGAUGACAUUCAAGAGGCGGUUCUGGGGCCUUCGGACUGCUUGUUCAUCCCCAACGGAUGGUGGCACAGUGUGCGCAGUGGGUCUGAGGAUGGAGGCCUCAAUGCUUCAGUCAACUGGUGGUUCAGAUGA